AUGCCUCCCAUAGACGUCGUCUCCGCAGCCCUCACACGCCUCCGGCUUAGGGACGACAAUGAAGGCGAUGUGGUCUUAGGGUACCUCGCCGAAACAGAUGAUAGCGAGGGUGGACUCCUGAAGCUCUGGCAGGCGCUCUGUCUUGAGUUCGGCCUAGUGCAGAACCCCGACGACCCCGCCGUGGAUCCCAAACUCCCACCGCUCCCUCUCUCCAAGACGAAGGCGAAGGAGCUCCUCAAAACGCACGCGCAUAUCAGCAUCGUCGACUACCUAAUCGCGCGCGACGCCCUCGAGACUACGGGUGUCCCAUGGGGCUACUUCGCCGACCUCCUCCACCCGUCGGCCGGUGCACUCACUGAUUAUAUUCGUAAAUCUAUAAAGUACGAGGGUCGCCGUCGCUACCGCGUGCGCCGCCGUAUGCGCCGGCGUGGGGCCAGCGAGGAGAAGAUCACUGAGGUCGUCAUAUCGGGCAGCAAGAUCUUCCCUCGCGAGCUGGCCAAGAGUGAGGGCUUGCAGCCGCUGCUGCGUGAGGUGUUUCAGUGGCGUAAGUAA